CCCCAGUGACGUGCUCGUCCUCGCUGUGCCGGCACGCGUGUUGAAGAGGCGCCCUUCGGACUGAUGCAACAAUGAUUUGUCUCUUUAUGACCAUCUUUGCAAAUAUUUUCCAGACAGCAUGGACAGGCGUCAAUGAGCGCACUUUGAUUGCCGUAAAGCCCGAUGGUGUGCAGCGCCGCUUAGUGGGACUGAUCCUCAACCGAUUUGAGCAGAAAGGCUUCAAGCUGGUGGGGCUAAAGCUGAUGCAGGCGUCAGAAGACCUCCUGAAAGACCACUACAUCGAGCUAAGAGAGAAGCCCUUCUAUGAACAUCUGAUUCGCUACAUGAGCUCCGGGCCUGUGGUCGUAAUGGUCUGGCAAGGCUUCAAUGUGGUGAAGAUGGCCCGGAAGAUGUUAGGUGAAACAAACCCGGCUGAUUCACUUCCAGGCACAAUCCGAGGGGAUUUCUGUGUGGAUGUCAGCAGGAAUGUUGUCCAUGGCAGCGACUCCGUCCACAGUGCCCGGCGUGAAAUUCUCCUUUGGUUCAGGCAGGAUGAGCUGAUUUGCUGGGACGAGUCGGCAGAGCCCUGGAUCUACGAGUGAAGCGCCGGGCCGUCCAGCCGAGCGAGUUUCACACACGCGGCGCGUCUACAAGCGGCAGCAGCAGCAGCGCUGACUUCUGGGAUGUUUUCUACCUCAUUUGACCGCAGAGCCGAUUCCAGCCGGCCGGCAGAGGGGUGGGGAGGCCUCACGUCCCGUCGUCAUUUAGUUUUCAUUUUGGCCUUAAGACACAUUUGCCGAUUUGUUUAACCAAUCAGGAACCGGAUAUCCUGCUAGCUCAUUGGCUACAAUUUAUCUCCAUGGCAAUUGGGAUUUUGGGGUACACUUUGCAAUAACGGGUACGCCGGCUGCCAGAACACGGGCCCUGUGAGCUCAAUGAUAGCAAAGCUUUUAAUAAAGUAGACGGGUAGAAGUAAAGGGAAAUUCUCACCUGCAUGUUCCACGUGUAGCGCGUCUCCACUCUGCAGAAAACACAAAUCAGCUUACUGGGUGUUUAGUUCUGCUGCUGUAUUUGUUAUAAAAUAAAUCAAUUAAAACCAAAAAAAA